UAUAACAUGUAUGCCCAGAGGCAGUUGGCUCUAGCUACAGUAAGAGCAGAAGUCAGACGACAUGAGGUGGCCAAGCAAGCUCUAAGCCGACUCAGGAAGCUGGCAGAGAGAGUGGGUGACCCUGAUCUCCGAGAUGGCAUCCAGGCUUCACUGGACAACAUACGAGAGGCUGUGGUCAAUAGCCAGGAAUGGACUUUGAGCCGUUCAAUUCCUGAACUGCGCCUGGGUGUGCUGGGCGAUGUCAGGAGUGGGAGGUCGUCUCUCAUCCACAGAUUCCUCACGGGUUUAUACCAGGUGCUGGAGAAGACUGAGAGUGAGCAGUACAAGAAGGAGAUGUUGGUGGAUGGACAGACUCAUCUGGUGCUGAUCCGAGAGGAAGCAGGAGCACCAGAUGCCAAGUUCUCAGGCUGGGCGGAUGCUGUGAUCUUCGUCUUCAGCCUGGAGGAUGAGAGCAGCUUCCAGGCUGUGAGCCGUCUCCAUGGGCAGCUGAGCUCCCUUCGUGGGGAAGGACGUGGAGGUCUGGCCCUGGCUCUGGUUGGGACCCAAGACAGGAUCAGUGCUUCCUCUCCUCGAGUGGUGGGUGACGCUCGAGCUAGGGCCCUGUGCACAGAGAUGAAACGGUGCAGCUACUAUGAGACCUGCGCAACUUAUGGGCUCAACGUGGACCGGGUCUUCCAGGAGGUGGCCCAGAAGGUGGUGACUUUACGCAAACAGCAGCAACUCCUGGCUGCCUGCAAGUCCCUGCCCAGCUCACCAAGCCAUUCAGCUGCUUCUACUCCUGUAGCCGGGCAGGCUAGUAACGGGGGCCACACUAGCGACUACUCUUCUUCACUCCCUUCCUCACCCAACGUUGGACACCGUGAGCUCCGAGCUGAGGCAGCCGCUGUGGCUGGGUUAAGCACCCCAGGGUCCCUACACCGAGCAGCCAAGCGAAGGACUAGCCUUUUUGCGAACCGUCGGGGCAGCGACUCUGAGAAGCGGAGCUUAGACAGUCGGGGAGAGACAACGGGGAGUGGGCGAGCCAUCCCCAUUAAACAGAGCUUCUUGCUAAAGAGAAGUGGCAAUUCCUUGAACAAGGAAUGGAAGAAGAAAUAUGUCACUCUUUCUAGUAAUGGCUUUCUACUCUACCACCCCAGCAUUAAUGACUACAUCCACAGUACACACGGCAAAGAGAUGGACUUAUUACGAACAACUGUCAAAGUCCCAGGCAAGCGGCCCCCAAGGGCUAUCUCUGCUUUUGGCCCCUCAGCCAGCAUCAAUGGGUUGGUCAAGGACAUGAGCACCGUCCAGAUGGGUGAAGGCCCUGAAGCCACUACUCCUAUGCCCAGCCCCAGCCCCAGCCCCAGCUCCCUGCAGCUUCCAUCAGACCAGACAUCCAAACACCUGCUGAAGCCAGACCGGAAUUUGGCCCGGGCCCUCAGCACUGACUGCACCCCAUCUGGAGACCUGAGCCCCUUGAGUCGGGAGCCUCACCCUUCUCCCAUGGUGAAGAAGCAGAGGAGGAAGAAACUGACCACACCAUCCAAGACCGAAGGCUCAACUGUGCAGGCUGAAGAGGAAAACUUUGAGUUCCUGAUUGUGUCCAGCACUGGUCAGACGUGGCACUUUGAGGCAGCCAGCUUCGAGGAGCGGGAUGCCUGGGUUCAGGCCAUUGAAAGUCAGAUCCUGGCCAGUCUGCAGUGCUGUGAGAGCAGCAAGGUCAAGCUGCGCACUGACAGCCAGAGCGAAGCCGUGGCCAUCCAGGCGAUCCGAAACGCAAAGGGAAACUCUACCUGUGUGGACUGUGGAGCUCCCAACCCCACGUGGGCCAGUUUGAAUCUGGGUGCGCUCAUCUGCAUCGAGUGUUCCGGCAUCCACCGGAACCUGGGCACGCACCUGUCCCGCGUGCGUUCGCUGGACUUGGACGACUGGCCGCGGGAGCUGACCCUGGUCCUGACGGCUAUUGGCAACGACACGGCCAACCGCGUGUGGGAGAGUGACACUCGGGGCCGUGCUAAGCCCACACGGGACUCUUCGCGGGAGGAACGUGAGUCGUGGAUUCGCGCCAAGUACGAGCAGCUGCUGUUCCUGGCGCCUCUGGGUACCACGGAGGAGCCGUUGGGCCGCCAGCUGUGGGCCGCAGUACAGGCCCAGGACGUGGCCACCGUUCUGCUGCUUCUGGCCCACGCGCGACACGGGCCACUCGACACCAGCGUGGAGGACCCGCAGCUCCGAUCGCCGCUGCACUUGGCGGCCGAGCUCGCCCACGUUGUCAUCACGCAACUGCUGUUGUGGUACGGCGCGGACGUGGCGGCCCGUGAUGCGCAGGGCCGCACAGCACUGUUCUACGCCCGCCAGGCUGGCAGCCAGCUGUGUGCUGACAUCCUCCUCCAGCACGGCUGCCCGGGAGAGGGCGGCAGCACAGCCACCACACCGAGUGCGGCCACCACCCCCAGCAUUACCGCCACUCCCAGCCCGAGACGCCGGAGCAGCGCUGCCAGCUUGGGCCGCGUGGACGCCACGAUCGCGCUGGUAUAGUUGCCCAGCACCGGGAGAGACACCCCCCAACCCCCGCGCGGGCCGGGCACGACCACACCGGGUGGACCGCUGGACAGAUGCACCCAUUCACCUCUCCAGUCUGCACCCCGUCCCAUGGGAGCACUUCCUACCCCCACGAGGGCACAGCCCCCACACGCCUCCCAGGAGACACAAACUCACCUUCCUCUCCCCAGCGAGGCAUGGAGACCCUAGCUCAACACGCCCCUACUCCACUGUUUCCACACUUGGAUUGUCCUGGGUCUCUCUGCCUGCAGCCUUUGCAGCUGUACCUGCAGCUCCAGGGCGCUCGGACUUGCUGGCUCGUGCACCCUAGGGGCGGGUAAAAGAUCCGGUCCUGCUUGCGUUCUACAAUCUGGUGGCCGGAGCCCAAACCCAGGCUGGCUCCUGGGGCAACGCCACGCCAAAGGGAGGGAUCAGUAGGUAGAGGACUAGCCCUGGGACUUGGGACCAAUAUGCGGACGCCACCCCUUCCAUGCUGAUCUCACUGCCCAUUGAGGGGGAAGGGCAGCGAGGGGCAGGACCCCCUGCUGCCCAUGGAGGUGGAGGGGUCCCCAACCCUUUCUGUGAAAGGGACCAUGAGGAUAGGAAACCAGAUAUCCCCCUCUACCUAUCUAUAAAUGGAAGCUAAAGAGCCCGGGGGGAGCUGAGAGCCUAGGUCCUUCCCCUUACAAUCUUGGGGUGGGGAGAAGGAUUGGAACAGGAGGGGGCUAGAGAGGGGCCUUGUAAUUUAUUGCUUUGUUCCCCAACAUGGGGAUGGGGUGGGUAGGGGCGAGGGGAGGGCAUUUCAGGGUAGGGGAAGCCAAGGGAGGGCAGGGGUGGGGUGGGGUGGGGGUGCUCUCGGGUUGUGUCUGUGACCGUGACUGCGUACCUGUGACUGUGCAGCGCCCGUGGUGAUCUGGGGUAGGGGGCACCCCUACACAAUGGGACCCCUCCCCCAUAAUCCUUUCUGUUCAGUCCCUCUCUCACUGGAGCAGCUCCAGAUCUGUUUCUCUAUCCUUUGCUCCCUCCCAGCCAGGGCUGAGAGGGUGUGCAGUGGCUGGGAAGGUGUUAAGGUCCUGGCCCCAUCCCCAGAAAGGGGGAGGCGGAAUGGACUCACCUAGCCCAACCCUGCCUCCUUUAGUCAACCCAGGCUCUGGGCUGUUUGGGGCAGUGGUUUCUGGUUUUUUUUUUUUUUUUUUUUUCCUGGCUAAAAUAUUUUGCAAAAGACCAGGUAAUCGGGGAGUGGAGUGAGGAGGGGGCAGGGGUUGUCUCCUCACCUCCAAAGCAGGUGAUAUGAAUCUUAACAGCAAUUAAAGAGGAAGUGAUUUUGUCUAAGGGGUGAGCUGAUGGUCUGUUAUUGAAGAGGCAGGUGACAUCUUGGUGGACGUUGGGGAACUGGAGAGGGAAGGGCCAGGCAGAGGUCUGGACUGGAAUUAGGACAGUACCCACAGACACAGAGGUAGUCUUCAGCUUUGUACAACAC